GUUCGAAGGAUACCAAAAACCUACCCAAAGGGCAGAACAAGGUCAGAAUACAGCUGGCUCUAAUGUGCAGUGCCGUUUUCAUGGCCUUCUGGGUGUUUGCAAUCCCUGGCAGUCUCUGGAUUGGCUCCUCCGACCAGCACGACGCUCUCGGCCGCGAGGCUUUCAAGAACUUCGGCAUGGAACUCAUAGUGCCAGCUUCCCUGAUAUACAAGUACGGCAUUAUUGGCCAGACGGUAGGCUGGACUCAUGCACUGCCCGGCGUUGUAUGGUGUUUGCUUGCGCCGCUGCAGCUCAAUUCCGCGGUGCGUAGAGCUCAAGACGGAGCUAUCCAUCGCUGGGGCGGACGAUUGAUGCUUGCGGCAGCCUCGGUAUUGAUGGUCGGAUAUGCAGUUAUAGACCAGAAAAAUCUUUAUGCAGAAGUGGUGGAUUUUGCCGGUUGCGGUGGAGGCGUGGCGCAGGCUUUCGACGAGUUAAGCUCGAGCCUGUUGGGAGGAAAUCUGCCGCCCUUCAACGUGUGCCUUCAGCGUGCCAUCGCUGCCUGGUUUGUCUUCACCGGCGCCCAGGUCUUCCUGACUGGGACCCGCAGCCCCGGGGACGUCGGCGAUCACCGCAAGUGGGCGUUGCGGCACAUGGCCGCGGGCGUCUGGGUGGCGUCGCAGCGCGUCGUUUUCUUCGCCGCGCGAGUCCUGCAGGGCGCCCUCUCCGGCGCAGAUGCGGCGGCCACGCCAGAGGCCCUGGGUGACGCCUUCUACUACAGUGUCUACUUCGCACUCGCCGUGUGUGUGCUCGUCGCCGAGCGGGAAGCCAGCGGCUGGUCUCUGGAGGCGCACGAGGGGGAGCCGCGGAGCGCCCAGGGAGCCCGGAGCGUCGACGCUCGAGGAUCGGCGAGGGGCCACGGCGAGCGGCGAGGCGGCGAGCGGCCGCGGCGGCGAGCGAGCGAGGGGCGAGCGGCGAGGCGGCGAGCGGCGGCGGCGCCCUCGCAGGUGGCCCGGGUGCAGGCCGUGGCGCGCGGCCGCAAGACGCGGACGGAGAUGCACGAGAACCUGAGCGCGGAGCAGAGCCAGAAGCUGACCGCGGCGAAGAACGUGGGAGCGGAUGCCACGCGCUCGCUCUUCAGGGAGGUGCACGAGGUGUUGGGCGUGUCCAAGGACGCGUACAAUAGCUCCCCGGCGCUGAGGAAGGCGCACGCGUACCUGAACGACCACCAGUUGCAGCAGCUGCUCGAGAGCCUCCUGGCGCGGGCGGUGCUGGAGCGCCCACCCGACCUUCGCGGUUUCCUGCGCGAUCGCAUCCGGGAGAUGCAGGAGAGCCGCGGGGUGCCGUCCAUGGGCCCCUUCGUGGACGAGGACCUCGACACCAUGUUCAACAUGUGGGACGCGCUCGAGACGGGCACCAUCCCCGUCAGCAAGGUGGCCGAGACCCUGCGGUCCCUCAACUGCAGCCCCGGGCGGGAGGCCGAGGCCGUGCAGGAGGCGGCGGGCGAGGGCUGCGAGCAGGUGGACAGGAAGCUGUUCACGAAGAUCGUGCGGGCAGAGCUGGAGAAGGUGUUCUCCGCCCCCGCGGCGAAGCGCGGCGCCGCGUGA